AUGUUCGCCAGUACCUUGAAGGUCGUAAUGGGCACACAUCGUCAUCAAGAACGACCAUCUAACUGUGGCUUCCACCGAUACUUCCCGCCGAGGAGGCUCUGCUUGCCCACCACCGCAAACGUCCUGCUGGUACUGCUGCCGGUGGUGCUGCUGCUGAGUGUGCAAAAGGGAGCAGCCAGCAGCUCAUCACCACCGCCCCCUCCCCCGAUGCCGCCCGUACCCAACUGUGGUCCGGUGACCGUCCUGUACCGUGAUGGUGUCCCUGUCAGCGCUAUUCGGACUCCCGUCCUUGCAGCAGGGACGGGCCAGGAGAUCAGCACCGCGUUCAUUUUGCAGGAUAUGGAUACGGAUUUCUAUGCAGGAUUUUACUUCAAUGGAACAACAAACAUCGUGAUACGCUGGGAACAACCAGAAGAUUGGAUGACGAGUUUUGGCUUGUUAUCCGAAGCCGAAUUCAAUGCAUCUUACAAUGGCAGUGCAGGCUGUGUUCCGCCAAUCACAUCCGGGGGUCCACUUGGCUAUGUUCGAGUAGGCUCUGGAACAACAGUUACCUUCCCCAUUUUCUAUUCUACAAGCACCGACUACUCCAGCUUGAUUCAACCCUGUGGGCCCCCAACAACAUUCUACUACCUCGUGGCCCUGUUCAAUGAAAACGACGGCAGCCUCGCUUGGGCAGCAACUGACUGGGUGGCUGCCAAUAAUGCUACCAAUCCCAUCUGCCCGGACUCCCCCACUGCCUGGGGCUAUAUCAAGUUCGGCAUAAGCUACUGCCCCUGCCCGGCUCAGCCCCCGCCGCCAAGUCCCCCACCUCCGCCACCUAUGCCGCCUGCACCAUCCUGCGGUGUCAUACUGACAACCAGCCAAGGUGUACCAGUGUCGGGUAUCAGGGCCCCAUUUCGUUCCAGCUGGACCGGAGAGGAGAUCAGCCCGGCAUUUAUCUCUGUUCAACCUGACCCCAGCAUCCCUGACCCAAUUGCUGCCCUUGGCCUUCCAAACCUCGUGAUUGAAUGGCAGCCAGAUAGUACCGUCUCGGUGUACGGAAACUUUUUCUUCGAGAGCCAAUUUCAGAGCAUGUAUAAUGGCAGCACCGGCCCUAAAUCCCCCAAGGCGCCCAGCCCACCAAAAGCGCCCAAGGCGCCCAGCCCACCAAAGGCGCCCAAGCCCCCCAAGGUUCCCAAGGCACCGCAGCUCUCACCCCCACCCCCAUUCGGCGGGGGCAACACCUUCCUUGUGGACAACUUCCCCUUCUUCGCGUCCUGCAAUGUCCGUGACACUAAUCUGCGGCCGCCCUACCGAGCAUCAAUCCCAACGGGGCCCCUGAACGUCACCGCCACCACCGCCACCUACUGCUUCCAGCUGGUAGCCACGAAUAGCAGCGGCAGCCCCUGUGCGGGAAUGAGCAUUAACAGACUGGAGUUUAUCGUCAACAGCACUUGUGUCAACGAGGAGCCGAAGGCGCUACGUGCUGCCACCGUCAAUGGUACUUCAGUUUACCCGCUUUUCAGCCCCAAGACCUGGAAGGGCGAGUUGUACGGCAUGAUGACGUUCCGCCGACUGAGCGAUAUCUUUCCCACAACCCCCUCCGGUAGCUUGUACAUCUGCUUGGAGCUGGCUACUCUCUCAUGGGAUCGAGUCCCCGAAAUCACCGCCAAUGCUGCCGUCCGAGCGUUACACAACGUGGGGUCCCGACCAGCACCGACCAACCACCCAGCACAGGCUAGACAUGGCCCGGGGCCGCUAGCCGAGCCAGUUCAAACUUCAGCGGCUGCACGGCUCAUUUCGCGCUAUCUGACUCAACCAAGAUCCUGUCAUUCACCUUUUCCUCUUACACGCAACCGGAUAGGCCUAAUUGCAGCUGGCUGCGCCUGCUUUCAGACAACGCGGAAUAAGGAACGGAGUCAGUUAAUCACCGCAUCGUCCACUUCUGGGUGA